AUGUGCCUCUGUUUCCGCCGCACGCCGUCGUUCAAAUACCGACAGCUCAACUCGGUCGAUACGCUCGAUAACAGACCUCCGCAGGCUCGAUUGAGCUCUAGACCAUACACAAUGGGCGUCUCGGUAUCCGCCGCUCCUCCCACGCCGCCGCCGCGAAGCAUCGACGCCGCCGCCGCUGGUGGUGUCCCCGAGACGUCGCCGUUUGCCCAGCAGCGCGAGCGCCUCGUCCUCGAGCUCCUCCCCUUCAAGGAUGCCAGCAAGUUCCACGAGUGGCUGCGCAGCGGGCCGGUGCAAGGGUCGUGGCACGAGUUUCACCGCGACCUGCUCGCGCGCGUGCCGGCCGACCGACCGGAACCGGACAAGGCCAAGACGGCGCAGGCGACCAAGGAGGCCAUCAACUCGCGGUCGCAAAAGUUCCUCGUCUACCAUCCGGACAAGAGCGGCUGGUCGCCCGAGGACCACUACGUCCGCUUCAUGACCAUUGUGAUUCUCGACUCGCUGCUGGCGAACCUGUGGUCCGACUCGGACUGGAAAAAGAGAAAUAUUGAUAUAUGCAAGGCGGUGUACGAGGUCUUGUUCUUUCUAAGAGCAUCGCAUUAUGUGAACCAGCAAGAUCCACCGGGCUAUUCGGAUUGA